AUGUCUCGUAUGCUGAAAAAGAACAAACGUACAACUCGAGCGCGCAGUAAAACUUCAAAAAACGAAAAUUCGAUGGAUGAAGAUGAUGCUCCAGCUGCACCAGGAAAAGAUCCAAUGAUGGCAUAUGGUGAAAAAGCCAUUCGACUUACAGCAAAUUGGAUAAUCAAGACAAAUGCAGCGCCUGGCGGAUUAGCAGAUUGGUAUGCAAAACAGAUUCUCGAUUCGAAAGAAUCUUCAAAAUCCGAAUCAAUAUCAGCGAAUUUUGCGGCCAAAAAUCGAAUGGCUGAUUUGCCGUGCAUUGAGACAACAAGAAUCAAAUUGAAGCAUUUGGCAGACGGCCAAAAAGAUUAUAUUCAUGCGAAUUUGGUGAAGACAAUCUAUGCCGAAAGGACUUAUAUUGCAACACAACAUCCUUUGGAAUCUACUUUUGAAGAUUUUUGGAGAAUGGUUUUUUAUGAGAAUGUGGAUACGAUUAUUGCCGUUUUUGCGCAGGUUGGAAGAGUUCAUCAGAAAAAUAAGAUGAAAAUUUGAAUUUUUCAUCGAAACGGGGCGCAUUUGCUGUUUUUUGUUCCUCUUAUUUCACAUUGUUUUUUUACAGGAAGACGAUCUCCCGCUUUAUUUCCCCAAUGAAGCUGGCAAAUUCGGCAACUACGGUAAAUUCUUUGUGAAUAACCGUAAAGUUACUCAACCAACUGUUAAAUAUACACCAGUUAUUCAUCAAAUCGAGAUUUUGCCGGAAGGUUGUUCGAAUAGUCGAAUCAUCACACUACUUCAUUAUGCAUAUUGGCCAAAAAAUCAAUUUCCCGUCAGUCCACGAAUUGUUAUGAAAACAUUGAGAUGUGUUAAAUCGGACAAAACAACAAAUGGACCACUUUUGAUUCAUUGUUCAAAUGGUUUGAAUCGUGUUGGAUGUUUUAUUUUAUCCGAUCUCAUGUUUGACUUGGCAUUUCGUAAUAUUGAUACGGAUAUUCCGAAAAUGGUCAAAUCUCUUCGUGCACAACGCUUCAAUCUUCUUUCAAACAAGCUACACUUUGUCUACAGUUGCUUCGUUUUCUUGGAUUAUGUUCGAAUUCGUUGCAAAAAAUAUAACGUUUUCCCGGAUUUGCUGAAAGAAAUUAACGAAUUCGAAGUUACGAUAAAUAAGGAAAUUGGAUUGCUUUGUGUAAAAGAACCACCGCCUCAGAAGAAUAAUACGAAGAAAGAUUGUACUAUUGAUGAAUAA